AUGACACCUGAGCAAGUGAAAAACUGGAUCAAAUUCAGUGAUUGUGUUUUUAAUGAUAUUACACAUAAGACAAAUCACUAUGAGAUAGCUUUGUCGUUUUUUAUAGGGUUUGAUCAGAACAGGCAAAAUAUUAUACUUGCACAGGGUUUACUUUCAGAUGAGACUCAAUCUUCUUAUGUUUGGAUGUUUAGACAUAUAGUUGAGGCUACCAAUAUAUAUCUGACUGUUAUUUUAACUGAUUCUAAUCUGGCAGUUGAUGCCAUGAUAAAAGAA